UCAAGUGGUGGGUAGGGUUAGGUACAGGGACCGGAGAUUACGAGCUUCCAGAAAGCGAUUCUUCUACUGCAGGAUCAACGGGCGCUGCAGCAGUGGGAUGAGAGUUGAAGUCAACGUCAUCUCCGCCGCUGUGUGCGUCGACUCCGCCAGCCGCACCGAAUCAAGUGUGGCGUCGAUGGCCGGAACCACCAGUUAUAAACUUGCUUUUGGUGUUGUGGCUCCUACUGCGACGCCCAACGAGCAAUCUACGGCGGCUUUGCCGUGCGUAUGGUUGAUAGAGAUAAUUAAUCUAAUCCAUUUGGAAGAAGACCAGACAAUCUGGAGACUUGAGCAGAGUCCUGGCAUGUUGGAUUAGGAUGUAGAAGGCAGUGUGAUGUAAUAAUCCAUUCGUGGCCAGCCCAUGUUGCCCAAAUUUUAUUAGGCCCAAAAAGAGAGUCGUUAAGGUCUUCAGCGUAACCCUAAUCAGGGGCAGGAGACGCGAUGCGGUGACUAUGGCCACCGGAAAAAGAGCAGCGGGACGAGAGAACCCAAAUGGAAGGCGGUGGGAGGACCUCAACCCGGAGUUACUGGUGACGAUCUUUCAGAGGUUAGGGGUGGCCGAUCUCAUCGCCGGCGUUCCCUUCGUUUGCUCUUCUUGGCGCGCCGCUACGCUCGAUCCCCUCUGCUGGCUGGAGCUCGACUUUCGCGACUGGAUCCGUAUCUUCCAGCAAAUAGGUGUCUCUCCGUCCUGCGAUCUCAGAUCUGUCUUCAGCCACAUCCUCCGAUUUGCUGUCGCUCGCAGCCGUCAUCUCCUUAAAUGUAUAUAUUUUCCUUCCUUCGUCUUCGACGAGGAUUUAUUCAAUGUCGCCACAAGUUGUCCAAGAUUGGAAUAUUUCGACUUCCCAAACGGUGAUUCAGCAAUGGAUGCUGAAUUAUUCUACAACGCUAUCACCCGACUCAAGUUCCUAAGAGGCAUGAAGGUGAACGAGCGCUUCAUAGAGUUUGAUGUGCUUCAACAUGUUAAUCAGUGCUGCGUUCACUUGACAGACCUGGGAGUCUUUUCUCAUGGCAUGGAUGCGCGCAUGGCGUCCAUUAUUUGCGAGUCUCUUCCAUCUAUUCGUAAGCUUGAGAUUACAGAUCCUGCGCUCUCAUCACAAGCAAUCAUUGUGUUUCUAGACGGAUUGAAGGAACUCGAGCAUUUUGAUAUCUCUGGAUAUAAGAAUUCUCCGAUCACUGAUGUGGUUCUUAAGAAGGCUUUACGUCUAAAAAAUUUCAUAUGGAACUCAGGAAUUGAGUUGGGUGAAUUUAUUGACUGCAGUUUUUGUGGCCCAAAUAUAGUUAUGAAGGAAUCCUGCAGGACUUCCAAAUCAAUAUUUCAGAGUGUUGAAGAUGUGAGUUCCCUGUUUGAGUUCCAUGAAUUGGUGGAUCUCCGAGAAAAGCACUGCAUACCUCAGAAAUCUUGCAAAUGUUUGGGUCUUCUAGACUGCAGUGAGGACUAUUCACUGCAUAAACCCUGCAUGUGCAUGCUUAAAGAAAAGGUGAUGGAGUGGUUGACGGGAAAAUUCCCGGUUCAGUCCCAAAUGUUUGGGUACUUUCCCGGUUCAGUCCUAAUUGUUUUAAUGUUCUCGGUUACAUCCCAAAUGUUUUUAAAAUAUUCCCGGUUCAGUCCUAAUUGUUUUAAUGUUCUCGGUUGCAUCCUAAAUAUUUUUGAAAAAAUUUCCAGUUCAGUCCUAAUUGUUUUAACAUUCUCGAUUGCAUCCCAAAUAUUUUUAAAAAAAUCCCAGUUCAAUCCUUCCAUUUAUUUCAUUAUUAAAAGUAACAGAAGAUGUUCACGUGCAACUCACACAUAAUAAAAGACCCAAAAUCCUAAAUGUAAAAACCUAAUUUCUUUCUUCCUAUCUUCCCAUUGUUCUUUCCCCAAACGCAUACAUCGUUCUUUCUCCAAAUUAUAGUAAUUUAUCAAUUAAUUUAUUAUGCCAUAAUACAUACUGAUUAAUGUAUGAUGCAUGUUUUUUGUCCAUAUCAUUCCAAAUACAUUAAUCAUGCAUAUUUUUUGUCCAUAUCAUUCCAAACAAAUAUUAUGGAAUGUGAAUGUGGUAGUGUUGUUAAUUUACUGCUCAAAUAAUGAGGCCACACCAAUUUUUUGGAAUUGGAAAUUCUAAAUUCUACCAACAAAAAAGAGAAUGAAGGGCAAAAAAUAUUAUUUGGGUCUUUUAUUAUGUGCGAGUUGCACGUGAACAUGUUCUGCUACUUUUAAUAAUGAAAUAAACGGAAGGACUGAAUCGAGAAUUUUUUAAAAACAUUUGGGAUGUAACCGAGAACAUUAAAACAAUUAGGACUGAAUCGGAAUUUUUUUAAAAACAUUUGGGAUGCAACCGGAAAUGUUAAAAUAAUUAGGACUGAACCGGGAAAGUACC